CUCACCUGAGCACAGCUGCCAGCCCACAGGAAGUGGAAACAGCUGCUGGGCUGAAGAGGCUGGGCUAUUAAAGCUGCCCAGAGGGGCUUUCUCUUCUCUGCCGUUUGCGGGUUGCAAGUCCGGUACCAAGAAGCUGUCUCCCUCCUCAACUGCUACAGCUUUCUCUUCUCCUGCAGCAAGAUGGCAGCACAGUGGAUGAUGUUGGGGCUGCUUGCUGUAGUGACAGCUGUGGUUGCCAAGCAGAAGGAAGCGGUGCUGAACAUGUGUAUGGAUGGCAAGCAUCAUAAAUCAGAGCCAGGUCCAGAGGAUGCCCUGCAUCAACAGUGUUCCCCGUGGAAGGACAAUGCGUGCUGCACCGUGAAGACAAGCGAGGAAGCUCACAAGGACCAGUCCUACCUAUACAACUUCACUUGGGACCAUUGUGGCACCAUGUCGCCCAAGUGCAAGAAGCACUUCAUCCAGGACACCUGCCUGUACGAGUGCUCUCCCAACCUUGGGCCGUGGGUUAACCAGGUGGAUCAGAGCUGGCGCAAAGAGAGGAUCCUGGAUGUGCCCCUGUGCAAGGAAGACUGUGAGCAGUGGUGGGAGGACUGUCGGGACGACCUGACUUGCAAGGAGAACUGGCAUGUCGGAUGGGACUGGACCACAGGGAACAAUCGGUGCCCCAAGGGGUCCAUGUGUCAGCAGCUGAAGCUGGUCUUCCCUACCCCCAAGGACCUGUGUGAGAAGAUCUGGAGCCAUUCGUACAAACACACGACCUACUCCAGGGGCAGUGGCCGCUGCAUCCAGAUGUGGUUUGACCCCAAGCAAGGCAACCCCAAUGUGGCCGUGGCCAAAUACUAUGCCAGCGCAGGGCAGGGCUCCGCAGCCCACCUGCCGUGGACCGUUGUGGCUCUGCUCUCCCCUGCACUCCUGGCCCUGCUGUGAAGGCGGCAGCCAACGUGCUGCUCUCAGGACUCCACUCGGCAAAGCCGUUGCCAGCGUCCUCUGCCGCCAGGGCUUCCCCCCACGGCGGUCCAGGUGGGGCUGUGUGCCAGGAUUAAAGGCUUGGAACGAA